CAGAAAGUAGACCUCACGGUAGUUCUACUGAGUAUGUGUAGAAGUGUAUCUACGCACAGGUCAGGUUUGAGAUGUUACCAUUUUUUAUCGUAGCCUGGGAUAUGGUGAAAUUAUUUAUUUGAAAAGGAAGGUGGUAGCAGCUUUCGUGUUACCUACCGAGGGCUUUGUUUUGGUGUCCCGUAAACGCAUUAUUGUAGAAUGAGAAUGAUGUGGCGGGACUAUUUCGUUGGCGGUGGAAUAUGAUGCCUGAGAUUUCUCUUUUCCUCUCUUCUGGAAGCCAUGAUGGAAGUUCUAGAGUUUUGAUAUAACCUGGGUUGAAAAGGGAUGAAGAUUAAUAUCUGACAAAAACAGUUCAAGGGGUGUUUUUUAUUCAUUUCUAUUAUUUUGUUUUAUUUUUUCUGAAUGGUGGAGGCUGUCAGUGUUCACUUCGAUUGGGAGUAAUAUGUCAGCAAUAGUACGGUGCAAACGUUAGAUAGGAUUUUAAUAUUUUUCACAAUUUCUUGGUCUAGGAGAGCUGGAGAGUUUUCUCUCCUACCUUCUGCUUUAGAGACGGCGGCGGUGGCAGAUUCAGAGACUUUGGCCGACGGUGAACCUUGGAUUUUUAAGCUUUGUGGAGUCGGAGAGGCUUGUUCAAGUAGACUUUUCGAAAAUUGGGGUCGUAAGCGGGGGCCUCUGAGCAGCAGGCCCUCCCGAGUGUGUGAGUAGGGUACCCACUUCAUAAAUAACGAGACCUGGAAUACUACAUACAGCGGUAGGUGUUGGAGACAUAGAGGGAGCAACCGCUCAGGGGGAGGGAGAGGGAGAGCCAUUUACAUUCUGCAGAAACACCACACUCUCCCUUUUUCUGUCUCCCUGUUGCACAUUUAGUCCAAGACAUGACCGCCUACAUUAAAGAAAUGGUUAGCAGGAACAAAAGAAGAUACCAGGAAGAUGGGUUCGACUUGGACUUGACCUAUAUAUAUCCUAAUAUUAUUGCCAUGGGUUUUCCUGCAGAAAAGCUAGAAGGUGUGUACAGGAAUAACAUCGAUGAGGUAGUAAGGUUUCUGGAUGCAAAACACAAAAAUCAUUAUAAAAUCUAUAAUUUGUGUGCUGAAAGGAAUUAUGAUACCAAUAAGUUUAGUUGCAGAGUUGCACAGUAUCCAUUUGAAGACCAUAAUCCACCACAGCUAGAGUUAAUAAAACCUUUUUGUGAAGAUCUCGACAAUUGGCUAAGCGAAGAUGACAAUCAUGUUGCAGCAAUUCACUGUAAAGCUGGAAAAGGGCGAACGGGAGUAAUGAUCUGUGCUUAUUUACUUCAUCGAGGAAAAUUCCCCAAAGCACAAGAAGCACUUGACUUUUAUGGUGAAGUGAGGACCAGAGAUAAGAAGGGAGUAACAAUACCCAGCCAGAGGCGUUACGUUUUUUACUACAGCCAUCUACUUAAACAUAAUUGGGACUAUAAGCCUGUGCCAUUGCUGUUCCAUAAGAUGAUGUUCGAAACAGUUCCCAUGUUUAGCGGAGGCUCUUGUAAUCCUUGUUUCGUGGUUUAUCAGUUAAAGGUUAAGAUCUAUACUUCAACACCAGGAAUCAUAAGGCGUGAGGAGAAGGCCAUGCAUUUUGAAUUUCCACAGCCUUUGCCAGUAUGUGGUGAUAUCAAAGUGGAAUUCUUCCACAAACAGAGCAUGAUGAAGAAAAAGGAUAAAAUGUUCCAUUUUUGGGUGAAUACUUUCUUCAUACCAUCCCCAGAUGAAAAUUUAGAGAAAGUAGAAAAUGGCAGUGUUGUUGCAGACAAAGACCUUGAUGGAACUCACAGUAUAGAACGCUCAGAUAAUGACCGUGAAUAUCUCAUCCUUACAUUGACAAAGAAUGAUCUAGAUAAGGCAAACAAAGACAAAGCCAACAAAAACUUUUCUCCAAACUUCAAGGUCAGUAGGCAUACUUUCAUAUAA